AUGGCCACUUCAAGCCAUCUCCUUCUCCUCUUCCUCAUCACCACCGUCACAUCCCUCACCUCCGCCGCUUCUCCUCCGUAUCUCACCUCCCAAGAUCACCAACACGCCGACAGAAUCAUCGAAGCAAUGAUCGGAGCCGGAGAUUUCCGUGACUGGGCCGCAGAUUUCCUCUCCUCCGUCGACGAUCAGUUAGGUAUCCCUCUCUCCGCCACCAUUUUCAUCCCAAGCGAUUUCGACUCCGCCGACGUCUCCUCCACCUCCACCGAAGACAGUGCUAAUAACCCACUUCGUCUCUCCGUCGCUUACCACAUAGUACCUCAACGUCUCUCGUUCAGUGAUCUUCGACUCUUGAAACCACUCUCUCGUCUCCCGACGCUUCUCCCCGGAAACUCGAUCGUCGUCACUAACAACUCUGUUUCCGGUUACACCCUCGACGGCGUUCUUGUCUCUGAACCGGAUCUUUUCAUCUCUUCUUCUAUUGCUAUUCACGGUGUUGCUUCCACGCUUGAUUUCUCACGUUACGGCGAUUUUGGUGACGGUGAUGAUACUGCUUUUGCUGAUAGUCUCCGUCCUCGGCGUUCUCGUCGCCGCCGUCGUCGUCGUCGUGGUGGUUCAAGUGGUUCUGGUGGUAACGGUGGCUUUUUUGGUAACGACGAUGAUAGGGAUACCAAUCAAACCUGUGCUUCUUUGUUCAGUGCACAUUACUCAACUGGCUCGUUCUUGGUUUCAUUGGCGGCUCUGACUCUGUUCUGA